ACUGUAAAAACAGGAAGUGCUCUUCGCUGCUGAGCCCUCUCUCCACUCCUGCCCAGACUCUAGGCUGGUGUAAAUGCUCCUGCCUCAGGCCCUCAAACAGAAAGCUGUUGUACUGAAAGAAGCACUUAGCUGCUUCGAAACAGAUUGAAAGAGUAGAUCUGUGCAGUAUCGACGACCACAGGUCUGACUUAGCCGAGGCUGGCCUCAGUCGGCCUCUGAUCCAGCCGCCUCCCAGCCGAGAUGACAGGUGCCACCACCAUCCCCGCUUCCCGAGGCGCGGAACGGUGCGCCUCCUGCGCUCUCGCAACUGCGCUGCGUGCCCCUAGUCCUCACCAGAUAAGUUCCAUCAAGCCUCUAACUGCGCACCGUUACAGCAGUCCGGCGCACGAACACUCGGUCCUCUCGGUUUUCCUGUUACUAAGCUCAGCCGGGGGCUGGUGUGGAGCAGGACGGGAGGGCUUCUAGGCCUGAGCAAAGGAGCGAGCGGAGACCCCAGCCUGCUCUCCUGUGUGGGUUUCUUCCAUGCUUACCCCGCGUCCUGCCUCGAGGCCUUUGCGCGUAAAGCCACACCACAGCGGCUGCUCUGCCCCACUCCGGAGGACGGAGCCGGUCUCUCCCGGGAAGGGCUGUAGCCGUGCACAUGCACAUGGCUCUUUCGAAGCCCUGUCGGGAGAUCUUCUCUAGGGCUGCCUGGGGGAGGCACGCCUCUCUGCCGAGCCCCUAGCUGGCCGGCUUGGGGCUCGGGCUAUUCCCCGGCGGCCGGGGCAGCGGCCAGGUCGGUGCUCACCCGCGGCCGCGCAGGCCCCGCGCCCCCCGCCCGCGUCUGCGGCUGCGCGGCCGGCCCGGGAGGGGGCGCGGCGGGCGGCUGGGAGCGGGGCCGCGAGCGGCAUGUCUCGCUACACCAGGCCCCCCAACACCUCCCUGUUCGUCAGGAACGUCGCAGACGCCACCAGGCCUGAGGACUUGCGACGUGAAUUUGGUCGCUAUGGCCCCAUAGUAGACGUUUACAUCCCACUUGACUUCUACACUCGCCGCCCCAGAGGAUUCGCUUACGUGCAGUUUGAAGAUGUUCGAGAUGCGGAAGACGCACUCUACAACCUCAACAGGAAGUGGGUAUGUGGCCGGCAAAUUGAAAUACAAUUUGCGCAAGGUGAUCGCAAAACACCAGGCCAGAUGAAGUCGAAAGAACGCCACCUGGCCUCUCCGAGUGAUCACAGGAGGUCCCGAAGCCCCAGCCAGCGGCGAUCUCGGAGCCGAAGUUCUUCCUGGGAAAGAGACAGGCGGCGAUCAGACAGUCUGAAAGAGUCCCGACACAGGCGAUCAUCUUACAGUCAUUCUAAAUCUCGUUCCAAGUCACUGCCGAGGCAGUCUACCUCAGCAAGGCCAUCGAGAACACCAAGAAGGAAUUCUGGAUCUAGAGGACGGUCACGAUCCAAGUCCUUACCAAAAAGGUCCAAGUCGAUGGAAAAAUCCCAGUCGCGCUCACCUCAAAAGCAGACUGGCCCGGGAGCAAAGCCAAGCUCACACGGACGACACUGUGACUCGAUAGCAAGAUCCCCAUGCAAGUCUCCCAGAGGGCACACCGGCUCCGGGUCUAAGACUCAGACAGCAAAACAUUCUCAUUUCCGGUCACGUUCCGGAUCUCGGAGUUACCAUCAUAAGAACAGCUGGUGAACAGCAGCUUACGGAAGAGCCGCAGAGCUCUGCUACAUGUUAUCAGACCUCAUUGUGGUUAAAAUUCUGCAAGGCUUGCAGGAAUGUGAACUGGCGUUAGUGUGGGAAUGCGGAAGAAAUAAAAUGCCCUGGCUUUGAUUAAUAAAUAUUUAGUCUCAAUUUAAGGGCUCAUUCCACAGAUCCCUACGCGGGCAGUGUCACCGUUGCGUAGCCUGUAUCUGGUUCACAUUGUAGCAGGGGGAACUUGCCAAAAGAAACUUUCCAGAAUGGAAGCAAUGCAGAAGUUCUACUUAGAGAUUAAAGAUUGCCAAUAAUAUCUUUUGCAAAAGUAUUUUUUAUUCUAAAGCACUUUUCACAAAAAAAGUAAUUGUGACGAUAUGUAACUGAAUAGACCUGACUUAAACUGUUUGACAUCUUUCUUGUGACUUCUGUUUAAGCUUGGGCCAAUUCCUGGUAGGUACUAGUUCAAAUUACAGCAUUCUGAAUCCUUAAAAGAUAACAUUUAUAUAGAGAUUCCAUAACUGUUUAAACGAUAUCUACAGGGUGUUUAAAAGAUAACUCAAAGAACAUUUCAUUGUUUUUGGAUACAGCAGCAUAGACCAGCUGACAUUAAAUGUUAUCUGUGUUUGCUUAAGCUUCUCAAACAAAGCCAGGUGCGAUGGCACAUGCCUGUGAUCCCAGCACCUGGAAGGUGAGGCGGGAGGGACAAGACCAGCAUGGACUGGGCCACGUGAGACCCUGUCUAAAGAAAGUAAAUAAAUGCUUUUCUAAAAAAGUAAAACCAUUUCAGAUGUACUAGAUUUUGAAUGGCUUUGAGAGUACUCUAAAGAUUAUGGCGUGGAACACUCGGAAUCCGCAAAUACUCAUAUUAAGCCUUACAUAUUUGAAGUAUAGUACAUUUUGUAUAAAUUCAUAUUUAUACUAUUAUUUCUAUAUAGCUAUUUUCAUCUGCAUUUUUCCUUUUUAGAGUUCUAGUUCAAUAUCCUAAUUAUAAAAAAGUCCUUGAAAAAUUAAACACUUAGUAUAUUAUAUUAAGAAAUAUUAGCUAAUGGGAUGGCUUGGGUAUCUCACUUGGUGAGGGGGUAAAUUCACUCACCCAGACCUGGCAAUCUGAGUGCCAGCCGGGCA